AGAGAGAUCACAAGUAUUUUUCGUAAAGUAAUGAAAAUAAAUUUUAUAAAUAUAAAUAAUGUUGACAUAAGGCCCUACAAGAUUUUAAUUACGUUUACUAAUAUAAAUAUAAAAAUUGUCCGAUUAAAAUUCAAUGAAGAUACAUUCGUCUUACGUCACAAUUGAUCACGAGUUUUUAUAUUUCUAAAGUUAAUUUUCUUUAUAUAUUUUUCUACAUAUUUAAAUUUUAUUUUAAAUGUUCUAACAUAUUUAUGCAUUUAUGAAUAGCGCAUUAGGAAUUGUAAUUACUGUACUUGGUAAAGAAAACAAUGAUGUACUGAUUAAAAGAAGAGAAAACAAAGAAGUUAUUGUAGUAAAUUAUUUUGGCAUAAAAUGUAUGAUAAUUAAUGUUGAUUAAUGUUAACAAUCGUAACUGAUUUAAUAUACUGUUAUAAAGAGGUUAUCUUAAUUUAUGACUACAUGCUGUCAUGAUCUUAUCGGAAACAAUAGAUAACAUCUGAAUGAUGUUCUUUUAAGUGUAAGAAUGUAGACCAAAUGCAUUUAUAUACUGUUUCAAUACGUAUGUGACAGACAAUAUGUGUAUUUUAUUUAUUUAUCGAAAUCCUAAUGCCGACGGUAAAUCUUAUCGGCUAAUCCUCGCUGGAAAUCGUGAUGAAAUUUUUAAACGCCCAGCAUUACCUGCACAUUAUUGGAAGAAAUAUCCUAUGUGCUUAGGAGGUAUUGACAUGGAACCUGGCAAAGAAGGUGGUACUUGGUUUGCAUUAUCAACAAAAGGGAAAGCUGGUAUCAUUUUAAACCUAAGUAAUGAACCAGAUAAAAAUAAAACUCCAAAAAAGGGUCGUGGAACUUUAGUAAACGAUUACAUUACUUCGAAUGAUUCAAUAGAUUCCUACCUAAAAAAAAUGCAUAGGGAAAAUCAAAUUACUCAAGCUUAUAAUCCAUAUAAUUUAAUUCUUAUAAAUUUGUAUACUGCUGAUGUGUAUUACUUAAGCAGUUCUUUAAAUUCUUCAGGACCAAAAAUGUGUCAAAAUGAUAUAUUAGGUUUUGGUAAUAGUCCAAUAGAAUGUCCUUAUAAAAAAGUAGAAGAAGGAAAAAAAAGUUUUUCAAGUAUUGUUCAUAACAUUAAAACUUCACAGCAAGAUGAACUUAUCGAAAAUCUUUUGCAAUUUUUAAAAUCACGAGAAAGACAUUUACCAGAUCUUGAAUUACAAAAAAGAUCGCCAGAUAUGUUUGUUGAACUCAGUUCCAUUUUUGUUAAUGUUGCUGAUUAUGGUACAAGAACACAUACUAUAUUAAUGGUUAAUGGUUUAAAUCAAAUAACUUUUGUAGAAGAAACUCUUAUGCCAGAUUUUUCAUGGAAACGACAGUUAUUUAAUAAUACUUUAACUAAUUAGAGGACAUAACUUUAAUAAUCAGUUCCAUAUUUUUGUAGUAUGUAAUACUUAUAGCUCUUCAUCUGGGAAAUAAAUAUAUUGAUCAAUAAA